AUGAAGGGGCUUUUGGUUCUUACUGCUCUUUUUGCGGCAGUGUUAGGCAAAACGACUUUCGAGGGAAAUCAGGUUCUUCGGAUCACCGCACAAGAUGCAGCACAGAUCACUCUCCUGAAAGAGCUCUCUGAACAGCAACAUCUUGGGCUGGACUUGUGGAUGGAGCCCGUUCAUGAGUCUCUGCCUGUGGAUGUACGUGUUCCUUUCAACAGUCUCCAGGCUGUCAGAGCUUUCCUGGCAUACAAUCACAUUCAGUAUCGUGUCAUGAUUGAGGACGUCCAGGAUUUGCUGGAUGAGGAACAACGUCAUAUGUUAAAAUCUCAUGUUGUUCUGAGAACUACAGAUGACUUCGACUAUGCGAACUACCAUGAGCUGAGUACUAUUAACUCAUUCAUGGAUAUGCUUGUGGCAGAAAACAACAAUCUGGUUAGCAAAAUCGUGAUUGGUCAGAGCUAUGAGGGCCGCCCCCUCAACAUCCUGAAGUUCAGCACUGGAGCAAACCAUCCUGGUAUCUGGAUUGACACUGGCAUCCACUCCAGAGAAUGGAUCACCCCCGCCAGUGGAAUUUGGUUUGCCAAAAAAAUUGUGAACGACUACGGACGUGACUCCGUCCUUACAGACAUCCUCAACAACUAUGACAUCUUCUUGGAAAUCGUCACCAACCCCGAUGGCUACCAGUACACCCACACCAGUAACCGUAUGUGGCGUAAAACUAGAAAGCCAAACCCUGGCUCCAGCUGUGUCGGAGUUGACCCCAACAGGAAUUGGGACACUGGUUUUGGAGGGCCGGGUGCAAGUGGCAAUCCCUGUGAUGAGACCUACCAUGGACCCAGUCCUAACUCUGAACCUGAGGUCAAAGCCAUUGUGGACUUUGUGAAAUCUCACGGCAACCUGAAGACCUUUUUGUCCAUUCACAGCUAUUCCCAAAUGCUCCUCUACCCAUACGGAUACAAGUCCACUCCUGCCAAAGACCAGGCAGAACUGCAUGAGCUUGCCAGAAAGGCUACCGCUGAACUGCAGUCUUUACAUAACACUCGCUACACUUACGGCAGCAUCAUUACCACCAUCUAUCAAGCUGAUGGAGUCACCAUUGACUGGACCUACGACCAGGGCAUCAAGUACUCCUACACCUUUGAGCUGAGAGACACCGGUCGCUAUGGUUUCAUUCUGCCUGCAGAUCAGAUCAUAUCCACUGCUGAAGAGACCUGGCUUGCUCUGACGGUUAUUAUGGAGCACACCAAAAAUAAUCCAUAUUAA